AUUUUUAAACAAAUCUGAAACAUGUAUUUGUUCACUAAAGUGUUUUUGUGUUGCUUUGUGCGUAUGAUAACAGCUAGCCACAUAUAUCAUGAUAAAGUUAACGGUAUUAAACAUAAUUUCGUUAAUUUCCUCCUCAAAUUCAUUCAGUUAGCAUUAGCCUGAAUAGCUGUUGCAUUCAAACACACACACUUACAAACAGCGCCUCUCCUUGAUCUGCUGAUUUAGUCUGUUUUACUCUAAAAAUCAAACAUUAGAUCUGUGUGAAUACCUGUGUGAUCAUAUUUCUUUCUUUCAGCGUUUAUCUGCUAGUAUACGUGUGUAAUUUGAUCAGAGUAUUGGGGGUAUUUUUGUGGUUUAUCAGAAGCUAACAGGCUUUUCAGGUUCAGAAAUGGAUUUAUUUGGUGAUCUUCCGGAACCUACAAAUGAUCCAGGUUCUGUUAAAGCCAAGCAGCCGGAUGAGGGCACAGAGGAGGAUCGAGGAGAGAAGAGGAAGAGAGACGUCAGCUCGGAGGAGACAGAGGUGGAAGACAAGAAACAAGAGGAAAAGAAAUGAGAGAGGGAAGAGCUGUGAUGAAGAGGGAAGAGCUUGUUCUCUGUCUGUUUGUUGUGUUCCAGCAGAUCUUGCGAAGCUGACAGGUUUUGUCUCAGCGAGACGCGGUGAACGAGAGGAGAUGCAAGAUGCUCACGUUCUGCUUCCAGAUCUGACAUCCAGCGUCAUUAACCUCCCCUUGCAAGUUUCUCGUCUUGCGUACUUCGCUGUGUUUGAUGGUCACGGUGGAGCUCGAGCGUCACAGUUUGCUGCUGAUAAUCUCCAUCAGACGCUGCUCAGCAAAUUUCCUAAAGGCGAUGUGGAGAACUUAGAGAAGCUGGUGAGGAAGUGUCUGCUGGACACCUUCCGUCAGACUGAUGAGGAUUUCCUGAAGAAUGCCUCCAGCCAGAAACCCGCGUGGAAGGACGGCUCGACGGCCACAUGUAUGCUGGUGGUUGAUGAUGUUCUGUAUGUGGCAAACCUGGGAGACAGUAGAGCAGUGCUGUGUCGUUUGGAGCAGGCUGAGGAUUCUGGGAAAAGGAAGUGUGUGACUCUGGCUCUCAGUAAAGAGCACAACCCCACCAUAUAUGAGGAGCGCAUGAGGAUUCAGAGAGCGGGUGGCUCGGUCAGGGACGGCCGUGUGCUUGGAGUGCUGGAAGUGUCUCGUUCCAUCGGUGACGGUCAGUAUAAACGCUGUGGAGUGAUUUCCACUCCGGACGUGCGGCGCUGUCAACUCAGUCGACAUGACAGGUUUGUUCUCUUGGCGUGCGAUGGGCUUUUUAAAGUGUUUUCUGCAGACGAGGCCGUUCAGUUCGUCCUCAACAUUCUAGAGAACGAGACUGUGCAGCAGAAGGAGGGGCAGAGUGAGGAGGCGGGGCAAUUUGAGGCAGCUUGUCAGCGAUUGGCCAGUGAGGCUGUGAGGCGGGGCUGUGCGGACAAUGUCACUGUUAUUCUCAUCUCUAUUGAGUUCUGAAGUCAUAACACACACACACACACACACACACACACACACACACUUCCAUUCAGAAUCUUUUCUGUUACUCAAACACACACAGGUACACAUGAAUGCAUGAAUUCAGAGGUAGUACAUUGUGCUGAAAUGAAAAUAAGGUUUAUUAUAGAGAUGUUUGAAUCUCAACUUGAUUUUUUUUUCCAAAGCAGGGCUUUUGAAAACACUGUGUCAGAUUUUAGUAUUUGUGCUGUUUGGCAUCAAAUACUAAACAAUAAACUUUUAUACAAUC